CGAGUUUAGUCGUCGUCAGAACAGAGCGGCGUUUGCUCUGCAGCUCGGUGCUCGUACGCCUGGAGAGUGGGAGAGACUAUUCGUAGUUGUUGUUUUUUUUUGCAAGUAACCAGCUCACUUCGUAGCGUAGAAUAGCGACGGAAAGAUAGUCGAGAAGAGAGCCUCUGGGCGCGGACGUACUCACUUACAUCGCACAGCAGUUGUCGUAACUGUCGUAUUAUCUUCGGCGAGGUGAUCGCGAAGAGAGAGAGAAUCAUAUUAUUGUGGAUUGCGAGUGGUGGUCGCUGUAGUCUCUCGCACAGUGCGCUGCCAGUUCCUUGUCGUAGUGUGUGAGUGGCGUUGCUGCUGCUCGUAAUUAUGUGGAUUCUUGGCACAGCAUCGCGUUCGGCCUGCACACGUCAAGUCAGCUGACAUAUUGCGCCCUGCUGCUGCAGCCACACCACAGCAAGUUUCGGUGAAUCAGUGGUGACGACCAGUUGUCGGAGAGGAGUGCCCGUCGAGCCAACGUCCAGAAUAUAAGGAUCAACCGAGCACUGCUGCCUGGCUAUUCGCAUCAGGAUCCGUCAGCAGUAACUCUGACCAGAGCAAGACUUUCGAUUUUUUUUUUGUUUCCAAGAAAGCAAGCUUAUACACACACACACACACACACACACACACACACACACAAAAGAUGGAACGCGAGUCGAAUCCCAUGCAAGCCCUGUGCAGAAGUGGCUGUGGCUUCUAUGGCUCGCCAGCCACAGAUGGCCUGUGUUCUCUCUGCUACAAGGAGAAUCUCAAGAAGAAACAGCAACCUCCAGUGUCUGCUACGUCUGUGCCCUCAUCCCAGACUGGUUCCAGCAAUACUGGCACACUACAGACCACCUUUGACAGUCUUGUCUCUACAGGAACUGCUCAGCCUACUAUCCCUACCAUACCUCAGUCAGAUUUGUCCAGUCCGAAAGAGUUGCAGGUUAGUAGGGACGAUCAUGAAAGCGAAGUAGGAAACAGUAGUGUAACUGCUGAAGGCUCUGUGAGCAGUGGUGAUCUUGAAGAUUGUUCUGAUGGGAAGGAAACUGACAAGGAUGGUAAAAAGAAGAAAAACCGCUGUGCUAUUUGUCGCAAGAAAGUUGGACUGACCGGCUUUGAAUGUCGAUGUGGGGGACUCUUCUGCUCUGUGCAUCGAUACAGUGACAAGCACGACUGUAAAUUUGAUUACAGAGAAAUGGGCGCUCAAGAGAUUCGGCGCAACAAUCCAGUUGUUGUUGGUGAAAAAGUGCAAAAAAUUUGAACUAUUUAGUGUGUAGUCGUUGGGAAAAAUGGUUAUAUAACUAUAUAAACAAAAUAUUAAAAAAUACGAAGAAAACGAGAUAAAUUAUCUGGCAGCUGAUUGCACAUCGAGGAACAAAGCAGAGAUAGACAUUCGGAGCGAGAGCGAGAAAAUGUGUAAAUGAGCGUGAGAGAAAAUUAACUGAAUGUAUGUAUCAGAAACAAAAAAAUUUUGUCAAGCGAACGAUGACAAUGGGAGGAUCGCGACUUCGGGCGUAAGCUAAACGGAAAUCGGAUACCUGCUGCAAGCAGAAAAGAAAGCAAGUGCUAUUGGCGCGUACGAGAUUGCGUGCGUUUAAACAAAGUUAUGAAAAGUAAAUUUUUUGGUUGCCAGUGCCAUUGUCAGAUUGUCAUCUACUGAAAGAACCGUUAAAAAAAGAAAAACAAAGUAUCUGGUUAUUACUAACUGCUGCCAGCUUAUUAUCUUCUAUCUAUUAUUAUUAUAAAUAUUAUGGUUUUAUUAUAAUUAUUCUAUAUUACGUUUAUUAAUUUACUUAAAAAAUGGAAAGGCGGAUUUAGGUACAAUGAAAAGAAGAGAAAUUAAGCGGAAGGAAAAGCGCUUCUAUUUUAAGUAGGCGAAUAAUUUCCUGAUGCAGUGAGUUGGUCUGAGAGACAAAACGGUGUAAUCUUUUGUUAACGGACGAGUCCAUCAAUAUACAAGGGCUUAACGCGAAAUAAAGUGGCGAAGAAAAAGAAGAGCAAAUUGAAAAACUUGUAAUUGUUUUUUGUUUUCCAUAGUGUCAAUAAUUAGUUAAGAGCGAUGCGCGAAAGUGAAUGUUAUAUUGAGAGACGAUGAUGACUGACGUUGAUGGGUGAUCACAAUUCUAGGUUUAACGAUUAGUCUAAUAAUUAUUAAGUAUGUUAGCUGAUUGAUUCAUAAAUAAUGCAAUGGAAUAUAAGUAGUACUGUGUGUUUAUGUCCAAUCUCACGAGAAUAUAACGAGCAUUAUUACUCAUUAAAUACUGUUUGAAAUUACGUUAUGAAUCGUUAUUUUUAAAAAGAUGAAUAAAAAAGGCAAAAAAAGAUAUAUAUCAAGGAAAAGAAGAAACCGCUACACGUAUACGUCCGCGCGUGCGACUUUCUUUGCUGCUAAAGCAUCCGACGAUAGAUCCUUCCGACGAUGGCGCGCGUCCGUUCCUCGUUCUCCGAUCUUCUUUGUGCAGAUCGGUGUGUGUCUUAUACAUAAAUAUAUACAUAUAUUAUUACAAAAAAUGAAACUGCGUGUUGUUGCAACGACUGGAGUCGAGUGUCGGUAUUUCUCGUUUUCUUCAAUUUAUUCAUUUAAAUUUAUUCAUUUGUUCUCGCUUGUUUUAAUGCCUUUUCUUUCGUGAAUAAAUUAUAUAUUAUUACGAUUACAUUAGAUAAAGAAAGUGAAAUGGAAAUUAUUGCUAAAACAAACAACUACAUAAAAAUUUGCUGCGCGAGGUAUUCCGGUGCUGCGACGCAGCGCUGCAAUGUUUAUAUGUCUGUGUGUGUGUGUGUGUGUGUGUGUGUGUGUGUGUGUGUGCGCGCGCGCGUGUGUGUGUGUAUGUGUGUGUAUGUGUGUAUAGUAGAAAAAAAAACCAACAAACAAAUUUGAAGGCCGGGCAUUAGGUGUGAGAGAGUCGACGACAAAACAACAGGGAAACUACGGUACGGUGUAAUAAAAAUAAAGAUGUGCCGAGAAAUCGAGUGCGCCCGUUGUUCAGUUACAAGUCGCCGCAAAUCCUAAGAGACGUUUCAUCGUGGUCGCGCAAACUUUUGCCAAAGGACCCGAGCAGCGGCGACGGUGGUGCAUUCAAUGUGCCCCACGACCUGCUGCACCGUCCUGAGAGCCUUCGAUAACGAUACACACUUGAACACACGCGAGAAAAGAGUUUAACCCCUGUCGGAAAACGGAUAACAAUAAGCAUACACGAAACUUUCAUACACGCUUGUUAAUUGUGUUGUAUAAUUGCAAUGGAACAAUUAUCCCGAGGAGAUGCGCCGAAAGGAGAUGUACCGAUUUUAGGUUGAGAAACAUGAAUCGUCGUUUAUCGUAUAAACAAUAAGACGCAGACUCCGAUUUAGCUAAGAUGAAUAACGUCUGUCUCAUCGGAUAUAUAAUCUUAAGCUUAAAUGGAGACAAGUUGUUCGAUACAUUACCGCUUCUUUUUAAGUUUUUAGGUGCGCACCUAUUUUCUUUUCUUCGUGCGUGUGUAUUGUAACCAACGAUUCAUCUUUUUCACUCAUCGAAUAUACAAUAUACUUUUAGUACAAAUUGCAAUGAUUAUUGUUUCUUUUCUUUCGAAACGAAUUGCUGUUAUUAAUACCGAGUACGAGUUUUGCGAUCUUUGAGCAGUUCCAUUGACGAUUUAUUUUAGCCGCUUUCGACAAGAUAUUCGUUGUUUUUCUACAGCUAUUCAAACGCGCCAAUUAUACGGAAAUUUACUUUACAAGUAUACUUUCCAAUUUAUAUGUUCCUUUUAAAGAAAACGCGCAUUCGACUGCUCUAAGUGCAAUACUCGUCGAAUUUUUGUUUAUCACAUUCAUGUGCUAAAGAAAAAAAAAACUAAAUAAUGAAAAAGUAAUCUACAUUGUUUUUUUUCUUUUCUCUUUUUAUUAUAGAGCGCACGACAGACUAAGUCUUCCUGUAAAUAAACUGAUCUAUAUAAAAAGAAGAUUAUUAUUUUUUUUUAUUCACCAUAUUCAAUCACCUCAAAAUUUUACCAAAAAUAUGUUCUCAUAUUAGCUCGACGAGCGGCACGGAUCGCAUUUUAAUAAAUCACGAGUCUGCGUAAACAUUAUGUUGAUUGUCGACGCCUCGGAGGAACGAUGUUUUUACGGGAAGUGCUUAGAUCUGUCGUCGAUGUAGCCAUAUGUUUGUACCUUGUUACGUCGUCAUUUCCAUUAGUAUUCUGAGCACCUCAGAAAGAACGAUAUAAUUACAUAACAAUAUAAUUCAAUUUACAUACAACUAGAAAAAAAUGAAAAAAAGAGCAAAAAAUCGAUAAAGAAAUCAGAAGAUAAUAAAAAAAUUAAAAUAAAAGAAAAUGGAAAAAAGAGGAGAGAACUUUAAAGAGACAAAAGUUUGCGUGUAAGCGAGAGGAAAAUAAAAAGACACUGUGCACCGGUAUAAUCGGUAUAAUAUCGACGAGAGGUUGCCUUCAGGCCUUUAUCCUAUUUUAGGCAUAGCAUAUUUUUCUAACGUAUAUCGCAAUAUUGAAAUAAUCUUGCCUAGGGAGUGACAGUGUGAAAGAGCGUGCGCAAGAAAACGAGCGAAAGAGUUCAAAAGUAACGAAACAAAUGAAUCGGUGCAAAUGUGAGAUGAGCAGAGUGAUUGCUGUUCUGACAAAAUAUAAAAGCUUCAAUGUAUAUGCAUUUGAUGAAUGAAAUCACUAUAUAUAUAAAUAUAUAUAUAGAUAAAUAGAUAAAUAGAUGAAUAAUGUAAAGCAAGAUUCUCAGAGUAAUACAUUGAAGCUGCAAGAAUUAUCAAGUGACGUUUGUACUCGGCUGACUACAUAAGGACGUAACGAUGCUUGUAAUUAUAUUAAAAUUGAUAUUAGUAUGUUUAAGCGAUUAAAAGUAACAUCAACUUUAAUAUAUUAUAAUGAAUAUGAUUGCUAUCCUUGGAUGAGAAAAAAUCGACAAAUAUAAAGAAAAGCAACUUUAGGUUCACUGUCUUUAUAAAUGAAGCAAAAACAGUCCUUCUGAACGUAUAUCUUCAUCUAUUUCUCUCGACACGUCGAGUCUUUCACUAUACGUCUCUCUCUCUCUCUCUCUCUCUCUCUCUCUCUCUCUCUCUCUCUCUCUCUCUCUCUCUCUCUCUCUCUCUCUCUCUCUCUCUC